AUGUCACACUCUCCAGAGCGUGGUGUAGGAGAGAUCGAUCAGGCCAAGCAUGAUCAACUGUUUCUGAGCUUGAAAGCGAAGUUGAUGGCGGAUUAUGGGAUUGACCCGGACCGUGAUUUUGGUCAGCCUUCGAGGGGGCAGCAGCAGCAGCAGCAGCAGCAACAGCAUUCUCACGAUGACGAUGGCGAUGGUCAGGACGAGGAAGAGGGAUGUGGUCACGCCGCUUGCGAACAUGGGCAUUCCGACGACGUCCCUGUGAGUUUCCAGCCUUUCGGCUUGUCUUCAUCCGGGCUGAGUUUGAGUGAAUCUAUACUGGAGUACCGUAUGGAGAACGGGAGGACAUAUCAUCGGUACAAGGACGGCAAAUAUACUCUUCCAAACGACCAGGCUGAGCAGGAGAGGUUAGGCACAGCACUUCCGCUCGGCAGUUUCCUCUUACACCUCCAACAUAACGUCUUCCUCCUCACGUUUGACAACAGGCUCGGUCUCGCGCCGCCGUGCCAGAAGGGGGCCGAAGUCCCUGGCAGGGUCCUCGACGUUGGAACGGGGACGGGGAUAUGGGCUAUUGACUUUGGCGACGAACACCCCGAAGCCGAAAUUCAAUCCAGCCUACCGCCAAACGUCGACUUUGAAGUAGACGACAUUGAGGAGGAGUGGGUGUUUGACGAACCGUUUGACUACAUUCACAGCCGCCUCAUGACUUCUAGCAUAGCAGACUGGAAGGACAACCUCACACCGGGAGGCUACCUAGAACUCCAAGAAGUCGACGUAGGCCCCUCAUGCGACGACGGCACCCUCGACCCUACAACCUCGGCGCUGGCGCGGUACUGCGCGCUCCUACACGACGCCUCGGUGAUGCUGGGCCGUCCUUACCAGGAGAUCCCCAAGCUCGCCGGCCUGAUGCGUGAUCCGGAGGUCGGGUUCGUGGACGUCGAGGUCCGCGUGUUCAAGUGGCCGACCAACGGGUGGCCUGCCGCGGACACGGAGGAAGGGAGGAGGCUGAAGGAGCUCGGGGUGUGGAGCGGGGAGAAUAUCGUGGCUGGGCUGCAGGGGUUUGCGAUGGCGCCGUUUACGAGGGCGUUUGGGUGGUCCAAGGAGGACGUCGAUGCGUUUUUGGUGGGUGUCAGGAACGAGAUGAGGGAUGAGAGUAUUCAUGCUUACGGGCUCGUACCGAACGGUGAUGACGCUAGAGCCCGAGUAGUUCUCAUCGACGUUCUCAAUGGGAUCCUGAGACCAGAAGUUGAUUUCGCCAGUAUCGCCAUCAACGAUUAG